AGAUGUACACAUCUGCAUUGAGGCUUGUGUGUGUGAGCCUGCUGUUGUGCCUGUCUCAAAGCUGCUAUCAGUGUUUUGUGAAUGUGGAAGACAGUCUCCGUCUGUGCUGGGGUCACGUUUUGACCGAGUACAAUGUGAGAAACGUUGACGCCUGCUUCGAGAAGCUGGACCGCAUAUUCAACAAUAAUGAGACCGUGAUUGAAGCUGGUAGAGUGGGUAAAGGCUAUGACAUCCAACUGAAGGAAAUUCUGGGUGCAGAGAUCCUCCCGCUGGUGGAAGAGUUUGACCAAAAGCUGAAUAACGACACUGUGUACGAGCAAAGGUUGCAGACAGCAGCAGACAAUUUCAUCUCAGCUGCCUCCAAACUGCCUAGAGUCUCCGGAUGUAUCCCCCCAUGUGGUUUUCAGAGUGCAGGUGCAGUGUACAACUGUGUUACCUGCCAGUACGACUCCUGUGAAUUUCCUCUCGACUGCCCAGUGGAAGAAAUUAAAGUUAUGGAAAACAGCGGGAUUCGAAUGUGGUGCGACGUGCCAUUUGCCUUGCCAACUGAUAUUGAAGUGAUCUGGAGGUUCGCAGAGGAGGUUGAAACGCAGCAAUUGGAUCAUUUUAAAGAAGUGACUGUGGGCGCUGACAGGCUCUACUCCAUCCCCUCAGUGACUUUGCAGCAUCAGGGCACCUACCAGUGUGAGGUGUACUCGGGCCAGCUCUCCCUUAUCAGAGUAUACUACUAUAUCUCAGUGACCCCCCAGGUUGUGGCAGGCCACACAGAGCUGCAGGAGACAUUUGACCUGUCUCUGCUCCCAGGAGGGCAGUUUUUCUCCGCGUCUGGUGACUUUCUCCGCUCCUUCCUCGCCUCAUUGUUACCGCUUCUCGCCGCCUGUUUAACCUCUUUACUGCUGCUGGUGUUUCUCUCCCUGGGGGUUCUGCAUUGGUCAUCCAUACAAGAGCAAAGUCAUGCUGAAGAAACACAUCAGGCUGAUGAUUUAGGUUUAUUCUAGAGUGUUUGGAAGAUGUAUCUGAAGCAACAAAGGCAUUUCAUCUGGUCUGCAGAGUGAUACGUCAUAGUCCAGACAACAUGUGUGUCACUCCUUCCGCCACUAGAGGGCAGGAUCCACCUCUUUAUUAGUAGUAGUACCGAGUAAACAUUUUA